AUGUAGAAGAAUCAGCAAUGUUCCUAAACAUUCAAUAAUUCAGCAAUCAAUUAGUCUUCUAUCAUUGCCUAAGCUCUUAGGAUGAAUAGAUAUCAAUUUCCAUAAAUUAGAUCACCUAAUAUAUGUCUUAUACUUGUGAAAUGUAAACUCUUUGUGAACAAUAAAUUGCUGUGCUAGAUUGCUUAAGAAAGAAAAAGAAGAGAGCAAGAAAGAAACAAAUAAGAAGAAAAGGAAUUAAAAUAAUUGAUGCCAGAAAUAGAUGAUUAUCAUAAAUAUAUUAAUAACUUCAAAUUAAUGGGUUAAUGCAAAUGUGGAACGGUUUGUUAUCAGAAAGAAGAAAUCACUUCUUUAAAGAUCUCAUCUCACUCGAUACAAAUAUCUAUCAAAUAGAAUAAAAACUAUUAGGGCAAGACUUCUAAUUAAAUUGAGCCUCCCAAUCAAAAAGAUUUAGAAUCUGGAAUACUCAAAAACUCAAUCACUAGCAAGAUUUCAAUUCAAGAAUUAUCUAAAAAUUUGAUACAAACUUAAGCUCGGAUGCCAGAUUAAGUGAUAGAUGCUCUGAAAUCAUCUGAGAGAAAAACUCUACCUAGUUAUUUUAAUUGCCGAAUGGAACUAAAUAUGAAGGAGAUGGAUUUGGAAAAUAGAUAUGGCCAGAUGGAUCAAUAUAUGAAGGAGAAUGAAAACAAGAUAAAUCUAAUGGGCAUGGUAGAUUGA